UCUGACGAAAACCUCGGGAUGAUACAUCGGAUCGUUUCGCGAGAUUCAAAAUAGCCGUGAUUAUUGGUUAUCGUUUUUAACAUUUGAUCAAAUUGUUUCAUUAUUGUUUUAUUAUUAUUAUUAUUAUUGUUGUUGUUUCUCGGCGGAUUUGGUGUCCGAAGUUGGAGCACCAAACGGAUACUAUUACUGUGGCCUUUUUGAGGUGUCCACAUAUCGCAGAAAGAAAUAGCAUAUUAUUAUUGUUGAUAGUACGAUCUUGAAGAUGACGAAUCUGGGAUUUAACGACACAUUGCGUGACAGAAACACAUCUGCGUGGCAACAACUGAUAAGAAAAUCCAUCGUGACAGUGCCGUUGCCAUAGGUUUUGUGCUGAGCCAUGGAUCUUUAUUUAACUAAACAAGAUCCAACACGUGCAUUUGGAUACCAUACUGAAUUCUGAACGCAUCCACUACUUGAGGGUUCACGAUGAACUCGUCGUCGGCCGGAAAUGACACGGAUAAAGAUUCCCACAACACUACAACCAGUUCACAAGAUUUGUUUAGAGACAGGCAUCUCACCGACUACUUGUUGAUUGUACUAUUCUGCCUUGUCAUAUUGACGACGGUGAUAGGCAACACGUUAAUUAUAUUCGCCGUGUUUACAACCAGGCGACUUCGGACAGUAACGAAUUACUUCGUGACGUCAUUGGCCGUCGCUGAUUGGCUUGUGGGAACGUUCGUCAUGCCAAUAGCCGUCGUCUACCAUGUUAGAGGCGAAUGGACAUUUGGAAGUUUGAUAUGUGAUAUUUGGGUUUCGCUCGACGUGUGCCUUUGUACUGCGUCGAUACUUAGCCUUUGUGCCAUAUCAAUCGACAGAUAUUUUGCCAUCACCAGACCUCUGCGGUAUUCAAAAAAACGGAGAUCUAAAAGACUGGCGUUACUCAUGAUACUGGUCGUAUGGUUGGUUUCGUUGGUCAUAACAUGUGCUCCACUUUUUGGAUGGUAUGACAAAGAACGAACGAUCACCGAUAACUGUACCUAUAACCAAAACCCCGGGUACGUUGUAUUCUCUGCGAUGGGAUCAUUUUUCUUGCCGUUGAUAGUCGUGGUCUACGUGUAUUUAAAAAUAUCCUGCGUGAUCGCUGAAAGGCAUAACAAACUUGAAGCCCUUAACGGACAAAAGUUGAAGAUAUCCCGUUACAGUCACGAAUCGAUGGAAAGACCGUCGGUGGAAAUGGAUGAAAUCGUGCGCGUUAGCUAUAAUGUCAGUUUGCGCAGAGGUGACGACUGUCGAGUUUCGCUGAAGCGCGAGAACAAAACGGCGCAGACGCUGUCAAUCGUUGUCGGUGGAUUCAUCGCCUGCUGGCUGCCGUUCUUCAUCGUGUACCUGAUCACGCCGUAUUUUUUAGAGUACGACAUACUGAAGGAGAUAAUGAAGUGGCUCACGUGGCUGGGUUGGAUUAAUUCGGCCAUCAACCCCUUCAUAUACGCGUUCGUCAGUCAGGACUUCAGGAUGGCAUUUUGGCGGUUAACGUGCAGCUACUGUACCGGACACAAGCCCGACCUGAACACGCCACACAAUCGGUUCGUGAUCAGAUACAGUCAUUAUUCGAGGAAUCAAGUCUAAACAAAUAUCGUCAUUCGAUCGUCACCGAUACAACCGUAUACUGCGAUAUUUCGAUGACUUAAACGUCUUAAAAUACAUUAUACACUUUAAACUACGGCGGAAUCUCGUUAAAACGGUGAUAUGUAUAAAACACGAAUUUUUCUCGUUAAGACGUGACAACGAAAUUUGUUUUUAAUGCUUCUAAUGUACCUACACACAUUUUAU